AUGCCUGUUUCGCAUAAUCUCAAGACAGAUUCGCAGAUCGAAUGGUUCGCGUCGCUAGACCCCAUUGACCACAAGGUCGAAAACGGGUUUAUGCGUAAGACCUCUAUUAUUGCGACGAUCGGCCCGAAGACCAUGUCGGUGCCUAUGUUGCACAAGCUGCGUGCUGCUGGCAUCAAUAUCGUUCGCCUCAACGCCAGUCACGGUGACCACAACUACUUCAAGUCGGUUGUCGACAAUGUGCAUCAGGUGGAGAAUGAGACGCCCGGUCGUCCGGUGGCCAUUGCCCUGGAUACCAAGGGACCCGAGAUGCGUACCGGUACGAUGGUCGACGGUAAGGACCAACCGAUCUCGGAGGGCCAUGAGCUCAUUGUCACGACCGAUCCAUCAUUUGCUGACAAGUGCAGCACUGAAGUGUUGUACAUUGACUACCCGAACCUGCCGACAAAGGUGAAGCCUGACCGCAUUAUCUACAUUGAUGACGGUAUUCUUGCCCUGCGUAUCCUCUCCGUGGACGGCAACAAGGUGAAGGUGCGCGCAGAGAAUGAUGGUGUUCUCUCGUCACACAAGGGUGUGAACCUGCCACUAACGGAGGUCGACUUGCCGGCCGUUUCGGAGAAGGACCGUAAGGAUCUUGUGUUUGCUGUGGAACAGGAGCUUGACAUGAUCUUUGCGUCGUUCAUUCGCUCGAAGGAGAACAUUGAAGAGAUCCGUGACAUUCUAGGCGAAAAAGGCGCCCACAUUCGCAUUAUUGCCAAGAUUGAAAACCAUCAGGGUCUGCAGAACUUUAACGAGAUUCUCGAGGCGGCUGAUGGUAUUAUGGUUGCUCGUGGUGAUCUCGGUAUUGAGAUCCCCGCGCCUGAGGUGUUUUUGGCGCAGAAGAUGAUUAUCUCGCGCUGCAAUAUUGCCGGCAAGCCUGUCAUUUGUGCGACGCAGAUGCUUGAGAGCAUGACCUUCAAUAACCGUCCUACGCGUGCCGAGGUCUCGGACGUGGCCAAUGCCGUCGUCGAUGGUGCGGACUGUGUGAUGCUUAGUGGUGAGACGGCCAAGGGCCGCUACCCUGUUGAGGCUGUGCGUAUGAUGGCCGAGACGACAUACAUGGCUGAACAGUGCUUGUCGUACCGUGCCAUGUUCAACCAGAUGCGUGCGCUAAAGACUGUGCCGAUCAGCACCAUCGAGACAAUUUCCAUGGUGGCCGUCUCGGCGAGUCUCGAGCAGCAUGCUGGUGCUAUUCUGCUCAUGUCGACUUCAGGCCAGACAGCGCGUCUCGUGAGCAAGUACAAGCCGCAGUGCCCAAUUCUUAUGGUCACUCGUAAUGCAUACACAGCACGUACCUGCCACUUGCACCGUGGCUGCUACCCCUUCCACUACCCACUGCCCCACAUCGAGGACCAGUCACGCUGGCAGGAGGAUGUCGACAACCGUAUCAAGUUCGGUCUGUCGGAGGCGCUUAAGCUUGGCAUUAUCAACAAGGGUGAUACUGUCAUUGCCGUGCAGGGCUGGCGUGGUGGUAAGGGCUACACGAACUCACUGCGUGUGCUUACUGUGCCUACGACGUCGGAGGGCUACAUCCUCGAGAACACUGACAUGCCGCCGGCAAACAAGUAA